GCAGAGAAAACAGUGAAGAGAACUCAGAAUGAGCUGGGGAACAGGCAGCUGUUAGGAAGUAAGGAGAUGGAGAAAUGGUGGUAGUGAGCAGCCAUCUGAGACAGGACAACUGGGACACCAAUACAGGCAGACACCAUGCCGGGAAUGGACUGGGCUGAAGCCUAGAAGCCCGGACUGCUCACAUCUGGCUCCAGGAUGUCUGCCAACAAGGACUGCUGGGUGCCACCUGAGGGUGAGGACAGCGUGUCUGAGAAGCUCCUGAAGAAGAGCAGGAAGUCUCCCCUGGUGCCUAUAGGCUUAGGAGGCUGCCUGGUGGUGGCAGCAUACAGGAUUUACCGGCUGAAGGCACGUGGUUCCACCAAGAUGUCCAUACAUCUGAUUCACACCCGGGUGGCAGCUCAGGCCUGUGCUGUGGGUACAAUCAUGCUAGGUGUCAUGUACACAAUGUACAGAGACUACAUCAAGAGAACAGCACAGGAUUCAGAGAAGUAAGAUUCCUCCAGCAGUUGGGACCACUGGAGGCCUUAAAUCAGUCACUGAUAUACUCUUAAUAAAGUAAUUAUGAGGAAAA